AUGAAAUCGGGUGAAUCAGCUAGUGUAGGCAUCAAUAGUAGUUCCAGUGUAGUGCAUAGAAAUUGGAAUAUAAAAAUAGCGGAAGGAGACAAUUGUAAUACUCCGAAAGUUACUGGUGGAAAAUGUAUGAAUAUAGACUCCUGUGACAAAGCUUUUCUACAUUCCAUACCGUAUCAGGAUCAUACUCCCGUUUGUCAAGAUAAUGCGUUUUAUAAAGUAGUAUGUUGCCAAUCGUUUUUGGAUUUUUGUGAAAAUAGUAAAAAUUUCCAAAUUUACCAUGGCACGGAAGCAGAGCUCGGAAUGUUUCCUCAUAUUGCCAGAUUAGGGUUGCGCUACGAUGAUGGGACGGUUCAAUGGACGUGUAGUGGAAAUAUCAUAUCGGAUAAAUUUCUGCUUACUGCUGCUCAUUGUGAUCCUGUAAAUAUCACGGGGCUAGAUUGUCAUCAAUCCUCCGAAUGUGUGCAACAAAUCGGCGUGAAGUAUUUUACCUCGCAUCAAAAUUACAAAAAAGCAAUCAAAUAUCACGACAUCGCAAUAGUGCAGCUUCUUCAUGCAAUGAAGUUCAAUAGUCGAGUGCUGCCACUUUGUCCGUAUGAUAGAAAACUUGAUUUACCCGAAGCCGAAAAUUUAACUAUUGCCGGUUGGGGCGCAACAGAAAGUCGUUUCGACUCACCCCAAUUGAUGUAUGCGACUGUACGCACUGUGCCGUAUUCGGUAUGCAGAGAUAAUUAUAGCAAAGCAAUAUCAAGCAUCAGAUUGAAGAACGGCAUAACAGAAGAUAUGUACUGUGCUCUUGGUUCGAUGGUUGAUAAUGUUACGGAAUAUAUCGAUGCAUGUCAGGGUGACUCCGGUGGACCCCUUCAAGUGAAUUUGGAUAACACAGUAUAUUUGGUUGGUAUUAUAUCAACAGGAUUUGGGUGUGGUUCAAAUUUGCCUGGAUUGUACACACGUGUUGCUUAUUAUUUAGACUGGAUCAAAGACACAAUUAAUAAUGAACCAGUCACAUAAGUUUUUUGUAAUAUAUAUGAAGGCAUCAGUUGCUAAUACGGUGUGUCGGUGUUUCUGGUGUACCAUACAGCGAAUAGAGUUACAAAAAUACAAAUAGAAGCAGUCUGCUAAGA